GGGAAGCUACAAAUUGCAAAGAAUCACGUUAGCGGGUUGGAUCGAUCGGUUUUGUCGAUAAUGAAUUACCAUAAUCUCUCUCUCUAUCCCUCUUCGCGCUUCACCGUUCAUCCACAGAUCCGGAUUUCAGGAAUCAGAAGAACAGAGGCGCACCACUGCCACUAGUAGCAGUGUUUACGCAGCCAGGUCAUGGUUCACAUUAUCUACAUGGGCGACAGACACCCUGAUAAACCUCAGGAUUCCUACCAUGAGAUUCUUUCCACUCUACUCGGAAGAGAAGAUGCUGCAACGUCGCAGAUUUUGUACAGCUACAAACACGGGUUUUCCGGCUUCGCUGCGGUGCUGACGCAGUCCCAAGCUGAGCUUAUUGCAGCAGAUUUCCCUGGAGUUGUUUCUGUCGUCCCGAAUCGUAUUUUUAGUCUACAUACGACUAGAAGUUGGGAUUUCCUGCAAGUGACGCCCAGUACGGUGGACGGAAUUAUUUCGAAGAGUCAGUCAGGUGAUGGGUCGAUUAUUGGCAUCAUGGAUACUGGAAUAUGGCCCGAGUCUCCGAGCUUCCGGGACAAUGACAUGGGCGGGGUUCCAUGUCGAUGGAAUGGGGUAUGCCAAGAAGGAGAGGAGUUCAAUAUCUCCAAUUGUAAUAGGAAAAUUAUUGGUGCACGUUGGUACUUUAAAGGGUAUGAAGCUGAAUUUGGAAAGCUGAAUACAAGUGGCAGGGUUGAGUUCUUAUCUCCCCGGGAUGUGGUGGGCCAUGGCACUCACACUUCGUCUAUCGCAGCUGGUGCGUUGAUACAAAACGCAAGCUUCAAGGGACUCGCUCAGGGACUUGCAAGAGGUGGUGCUCCAGCAUCUAGGUUAGCUAUGUACAAAGUCUGUUGGUCAACUGGUGGCUGUAGCUCGGCUGACCUUCUUGCAGCUUUUGAUGAUGCCAUUUCUGAUGGAGUGGAUGUGCUUUCUAUCUCCCUCGGCUCAUCAACACCACUUUCUUCUUAUGUUGAGGAUGUUUUGGCCAUUGGUUCAUUCCAUGCUGUGGCUAAUGGGAUAACUGUAGUCUGCUCAGCCGGAAAUUCUGGUCCUUUCUCACAGACGGUUUCAAAUACGGCUCCCUGGAUUAUAACGGUUGCAGCUAGCACAAUUGAUAGAGCCUUUCCCACUGCAUUUACUCUGGGGAACAACUUAACUUUUGUGGGUCAAGCUUUGUACACGGGGAAUCAUGUGGAAAAGUUAUACCCAAUAGUUUAUGGAGAGGAUAUUGCUUCCACUGAUUCUGAUGAAGAUAAAGCAAGGAGCUGUGAUGUAGACUCUCUGAAUGCCACUUUAGCAAGAGGAAAGGUGGUUCUCUGUUUCCAAUCUUGGCUACAGAGGUCACCUUCUGUUGCUUUAGCAAGCAUAAUGGGAGCUAAGGGUGUUGGACUCAUCUUUGCUCAGCUUCCAACAAAGGAUGUAGCUAUUUCCUCCGGAAUUCCAUGUGUUCAAGUGGACAUAACUGUAGGAACAUCUGUGCUGAUAUACAUGACAACCACCAGAAAUCCAGUAGUCAGAUUCAGCCUUACAAAAACAACUCUAGGGAGACAAAUUUCCCCAGAGGUGGCAUUCUUUUCGUCUCAAGGACCUAGUUCGCUUUCUCCCUCAGUGUUGAAGCCUGACAUUGCUGCUCCUGGGGUUAAUAUCUUAGCAUCCUGGUCCCCUGCUUCUUCUUUGGUGCCUGAUGUGGGUCAAAAACAAUUACCUUCACUUGACUUCAAGAUAGACUCUGGAACCUCCAUGUCUUGUCCUCAUAUUUCAGGUAUUGUGGCACUUAUCAAGUCUAUACAUCCCGACUGGAGCCCUGCGGCAAUAAAAUCUGCAUUGGUCACAACAGCCUCUGUGAAGGAUGAAUAUGGUGGUCAGAGUGCAGUGGCUGAGGGAGCUCCACACAAGCAGGCUGAUCCAUUUGAUUUUGGAGGCGGCAACGUCAUUCCUAACAAAGCUGCAGAUCCGGGUCUUAUAUAUGACAUAGAAAUCUUAGACCACACAUAUUUCCUUUGUUCAAUGGGCUACAAUGACUCUGCUGUGAGUUUAAUGACAAGGCACCAGACAGUCUGUGACCGUGAAACAUCGUGGUCUCAGGCGGACCUCAAUCUGCCAUCCAUCUCCAUUCCAGAGCUAAAGAAGAGCUUGACUGUCUGGAGAACAGUUACAAAUGUGGGUCCUGUUAUGUCUCUAUACACUGCUCGGGUUGAAGCUCCUCCAGGUGUAAUUGUGGUAGUUGAACCAGCAAUUCUGUCAUUCAAUUCGACGGCAAACAAGCUGAAGUUCAAGGUGACUCUCCAUUCCAUUCUAGAAGUGCAAGGUACAUACACCUUUGGAAGUCUUUCAUGGGAAGACGGUGUACAUGUAGUAAGGAUACCAUUGAUUGUUCGGCCUGUUAUUGAUGAUUUCUAUGCAGAAACAUGAUGCUGGUGGUAAAGGCUGUAUCAUUUUAUUAUUAUUAUU